AUGCUUAAGCUUGGGUAUUCAAACUACGCCACACAAGGAGGAGACUGGGGGUACGGCAUCACACGUUUCAUGGACAUCAGAUAUGGUCCUGCGUCGUCGUCCGCGACCAAGAAAUCUGGAGCCGUCUUGGCCAGUCACAUCAACCACAACCGAGCCGUUCCUCCUUCCAUCAGUACCAUCCCACAGCAUGGGUCCCUUGUGUACCUCAAGUUUCUGUUUUCCACGUACAGCAAACGAGAAAAAGAAGGCUUGGCUCGAACCCACCGGUUUUGGGAAGAAGGUGCCGCCUACAACGGCCUCCACUGCCACAAUCCAACCACCAUUGGCAUUGCUUUGAGGGACUCGCCUGUGGCCCUGUUAUCGUGGAUCUACGAGAAGCUCUACGACUGGACAGACGACGAGAUCCUUACCUGGAUCAGCAUCUACCAGUUCGCCAGUGCAGGGCCCAAGGCUGGCUGCCGCAUUUACUACCACUCGGCAACUGCCAAGAAGGUGGAGGAAUACAAUCCGGGAGUGAAGCUGGGUGUGUCAACCUUCCCAAAGGACUUGUUGAUGUCGCCAAGCUACCACUAUCGGACCUUGGGUCCGCUGGUGUUUGAGAAUUGGCAUAACAAGGGAGGCCACUUUGCUGCUUGGGAAGUUCCAGAGCUCUUGGUUGAGGACAUGAGGGUGAUGUUUGGUGGCCUAGUCAAGAGCGGAGAGAUAAACUUUCCUGGCCCGAAGUAA